AAAUUUGUUCAUUCAUUGUAGAAGAAAAGAAGUUGAAGUUGGUGUGAACUUUGAAAUCAGGAUGACCAAGUUCACUAUUCUAGCAGGCUGGUGCCUGCUGAUGUGCCAGCUGGCAACUGCCUCCAAGAUGGCGUGCUACUUCACCAACUGGUCCCAGUACAGACCUGGGACUGGGAAAUACAUGCCCCAAAAUGUGGAUCCCUUCCUCUGCACCCAUCUGAUUUAUGCUUUCUCCAUCAUCAACAACAAAAAUGAGCUGGUUACCUAUGAAUGGAAUGACGAGACCUUGUACAAGACCUUCAAUGGCCUGAAGAGCAAGAACCCCAGUCUGAAGACCUUACUGGCUGUUGGUGGAUGGAACUUUGGCUCUGCUCAGUUCUCCAUCGUGGUGUCCUCUUCAGCCAACCGUCAGACAUUCAUCCAGUCUUCUAUCAAAUUCCUGAGGACUCAUGGCUUUGAUGGUCUGGAUCUGGACUGGGAGUACCCUGGAUCUCGUGGAAGUCCACCACAGGACAAGAAGAGAUUCAGUCUGCUCUGUAAGGAACUUGUUGAAGCAUACGCAGCUGAGGCCAAGGCCACCGGAAGGCCUCAGCUCAUGCUGACUGCUGCAGUGUCUGCUGGAAAGGGAACCAUUGAUGCUGGAUAUGAGAUUGCUGAGAUUGCCAAGCACCUGGACUUCAUCAAUGUGAUGACCUAUGACUUCCACGGAGCUUGGGAGCGAUUCACUGGACAUAACAGCCCACUGUACCGUGGCUCACACGACAGCGGUGACCUCAUCUACUUCAACACUGACUUUGCCAUGAAGUACUGGAGAGACAAGGGCACCCCAGUGGAGAAGCUGAACAUGGGUUUUGCUGCUUAUGGUCGUACCUUCCGCCUGACGUCAUCAAACACUGGUGCUGGAGCCCCAGCUAGCGGAGCUGCAUCGGCUGGUCCCUACACACGUGAAGCUGGCUUCUGGUCUUACUAUGAAAUCUGCACCUUCCUGAAGGGCACCACCAUUCAGUGGAUUGAUGACCAGAAAGUUCCCUAUGCCACCAAAAACAGUGAGUGGGUGGGAUUUGACACCAGGGAGAGCUAUGAGAUCAAGGUCCAGUACAUGAAUGACAUGAAGUAUGGUGGUGCCUUUGUGUGGGCCUUGGAUCUGGAUGACUUCAAAGGAGAGUUCUGUGGAGAAGGAAGCCAUCCUCUGCUGUCCCAUCUGCGCAAACUCAUCAAUGGCGGUGUGCCCCCAGUCCCAUCGACCUCAACUGCAGUACCAGCAACUACCGCAACCACCAAACCUGUUGCUACCACUACUGCACCAGCCUUCACAACCACCAAACCUGCUGCUACCACUACUGCACCAGCCUUCACAACCACCAAACCCAGUGGCACCACCAAUGCUCCGUCCACCAAGACCACUAUCCCUGUCCCAGGACGGGGCUUCUGCAAAGACAAGGUCGACGGCAUCUACGCCAACCCAGAUGACAACACCAGCUUCUAUGUAUGUGCAGGCGGACGAACCUACCCGAGGGUGUGUGGAGCUGGCACUGUCUUCAACGACAGCUGCAAGUGCUGCGUGUGGCCCUAAGUGUUAACAAGUCGGGGACUGUCACUGGCUGACAUCUCAGUACAGACUUUGCAAGCUAAUGCCUCUUGGAAAAUACCUGUUUUAUGCUUUUUGACUAUAAAAAGCUGUAACAUUAGAGAAAGCUUGUAAAUUAGAAGUGAAAAGUAAAACAUCUAAAUAUGUAUGUUCAAUCACAAUAAAAGUUAUGACAAAUCGAA